CGCCCGGCUGGUGGCGGAAGCGGGGCGGGCGCCAUCACCGCGCGCCGCUCCGGGACCGGGACCGGGACCGGACCGAGACCGAGGAGCGCGGCGCCAUGGCCGGGAUCCUGUUCGAGGACAUCUUCGACGUGAAGGACAUCGACCCCGAGGGCAAGAAGUUCGACCGCGUGUCCCGGCUGCACUGCGAGAGCGAGUCCUUCAAGAUGGACCUCAUCCUGGACGUCAACAUCCAGAUCUACCCCGUGGACCUCGGUGACAAGUUCCGCCUGGUGAUCGCCAGCACCCUGUACGAGGACGGCACGCUGGACGACGGCGAGUACAACCCCACGGACGACAGGCCUUCCAGGGCGGACCAGUUUGAGUACGUGAUGUACGGCAAGGUGUACCGGAUCGAAGGGGACGAGACGUCCACGGAGGCAGCAACACGCCUCUCCGCUUACGUGUCCUACGGGGGGCUGCUCAUGCGGCUGCAGGGAGACGCGAAUAACCUGCACGGCUUCGAGGUGGACUCUCGGGUUUACCUGCUGAUGAAGAAGCUGGCCUUCUAGGAGAGGACGCGCCUCCGGCGGUUCCCCCAGAGACGUUCUGCCAGCGAGAAAACGGGAACCCCGGCGCCCCAAACCCUGCCCCGGUAUCCGCGCUUCCUGUGCGGGUGCAGGAGGGGGCAUUUCCCGUCCUCACCUUGGUUUUUUUUAUGCCUCCUGGGGGUCCCCGCCUGCGCAGGGAGAGGUGCCUGAUGCCGAGCAGAGGCCGUGCCGGGCGUGCCGCAGCCCUGCCUGCUGUCGGUCUCCUCUCACCUCCGUCUUCCUGCGCAUCCGAGGCGGGCUCGGCCCCGGCUGUGCUCAGGGACCUCAGCCACCUGGCUGCGUCGGGGCCGGCCUUCUUCUUUUAAGGAGCCGUCCCGAGAUGGGCCUGGCUUGUUCUUCAUUAAACCAGCGCGUGUUUUCUA